UCGUCAAACGUGUGUGAAAAUCUCCGACUCGUCUUUGUUCGUAAGCAUGCAAUGAACGUGAACGAGUGUGAAAUGAUGUUACGUGCACCGAAAACUAUUGAGUUCUAGGUAAUGGAUAAUUGAGAAGCAGUUAGAAAUUGAACUAGUCAGCCUUGUCUUAUUUACAUGGACAUAGAAAAAGCAUGAGUAACUUGUCCAUGCAUAUAUAUACAUAUACACACAUAUAUAUAUACACACAUAUAUAUAGAUAUAUAUAGGAGAAACACAAGUAUUGUGUGUUUUAAGCCAACAAAUUAACAGCCCCUCUUUUCCAGCUUCUCAAGUUUGAAGUGCAUAUAGGAAGAAAAACUCAUCACCCAAUGCAAAUUUUGUAUCUAUUUUUCGCAUCAAUCUUUUAAAGAUUUACGCAAAAGAAAAAAACGAAAGACAAAAAUCAUGAACGAUCAAGAAUUUGGAGACACCACUACAGAAAUGAGAGCUUGUCCGAACUCCCCUUGCAAAAUCGACUCGACUCUUGUCCGAAUGGUGUUGGCGGAGGCUAUAGGUACGUUCGUUUUGAUCUUCUGCAUUGGAGGAAUAGUAGCAAACUUGCGUCUUAUGGGAAUCGAAGGAGGGCUAAUGGAAUAUGCCGUGACAGCUGGCUUAACGGUAGUGGUCAUAGUUUUCUCCAUAGGAUCGAUUUCCGGUGCUCAUGUUAAUCCAGCUGUCACCAUCGCCUUCGCCGCAGUCGGUCCUUUCCCAUGGUUUAAGGUUCCGUUUUAUGUAAUCGCACAAGUUGGUGGUUCGAUUUUAGCAACAUAUACGGUGAGAUUAGUGUAUGGUAUCGAAUCGGAGCUAAUGGUGACUAGACCACUACAUGGAUUAAAAGCUGCUUUUUGGGUGGAGCUUAUUGCAACCUUCAUUGUUCUGUUUUUAACUACAUCAUUAUUCAAUGAGCCACAAUCUCUAGGACAGCAUUUGUCUGGAUUUCUUGCUGGAGUUGCAAUAUGUCUAGGAGUGCUAAUCACCGGGCCGGUUUCGGGAGGGUCGAUGAAUCCAGCAAGGUCAAUAGGACCGGCGAUUGUUUCGUGGAGAUUCGAUCACGUGUGGAUAUAUAUUGUGGGCCCCACUAUCGGAGCAAUUGCAGGUGUUUUCGUGUAUCGAGUUUUACGUUUACAGGGAUGGGCUUGCAAAUUAUCUAAUCCUGCUUCACAGAGUGCCAUUAGCUCUCUGCAUUAGAAUUCGUAACAAAAACUAUAAAUAGAGAAUCCAUUGGCUUUUCAAUAUUUCGAAAUAUUUAAUUUGAUAUAUAUAUAAAUAUAAUUUAAAGAUUAUGUGGUGCUAAAGAAAAAAAUGAUGCU